AGGAGGCGCGAGGCGGGAGGCGCGAGGCGGUCCAGACCAGGAGGCAAAGCCAGCCAACUUCCACAGUCGCCCCAGGAAAAGUCAGGCAGCGCCGCCACGCGCUUCCUCUCGGCCGCCGUGGGGGUUGGUAAAGCCGCCGGACGAACCUCCAGCUCGGGCCGCCGUUCUCGGACACGCCGGGGAACCCUUUGAGGCGCUGCGGCGCCGGGACGGUUCGUCGCGAUGGAGGACGCGCACUGACGGGAUCUGGACUUGUUCUCCGUCGGAUGUGGGAUAGUUUUUUGCUUUUUUCCGUGCUCUUCUCCGGCGCUGUGGAGGCGUAAAAGUGGAAAAUGCCUGGAAAAACCAAGUACAACCUGGUGGAUGACGGACACGACCUGAGGAUCCCGCUGCACAACGAGGACGCCUUCCAGCACGGGAUCAACUUCGAGGCAAAGUACAUCGGCAGCCUGGAUGUGACGCGGCCGAGCAGCCGAGUGGAGAUCGUGGCUGCGAUGAGGAGGAUACGGUAUGAGUUCAAGGUGAAAAACAUCAAGAAGAAAAAGGUUCACAUCGUAGUGUCUGUGGACGGUGUGAAGGUCACUCUGAGGAAAAAGAAAAAAAAGAAGGAGUGGACAUGGGAUGAAAGCAAGAUGAUGGUGAUGCAGGAUCCCAUUUACAGGAUAUUUUACGUAUCUCACGACUCCCAGGAUCUGAAGAUCUUCAGCUACAUCGCCAGAGACGGACAGAGCAACGUCUUCCGCUGCAACGUGUUCAAGUCUAAAAAGAAGAGCCAGGCCAUGCGGAUUGUUCGGACGGUUGGCCAGGCCUUCGAGGUUUGUCAUAAACUGAGUCUGCAGCACACGCAGCACAACGCAGACGGACAGGAGGAGAGUCACAGCGAGAAGAACGGCAGCGACCCCAUCGCAGCUCGGGAACUCGCCGGCGUGGAGAAAGCGCCGACCGUCGCUGAGGAGACGGACAUCGAUGCGGAGGAGGUCAACCACACGGAUGCAGCGCAGGAGUCCAACGGCAACAGAGGAGUGACGGAUCUGGACGCUACAGCCAAGAGCAGUGACCUGAACCGCUCUGGAGACAAGGCUUCGGAGGAGGCCUCUCUGCUCGUGUCCAGCCCCAGGAUGCUGCUCCCUGCGGCGGGCACACUUCCACCAGGGGCCCCCCUGUCAGUGCACCACCAGAUCCAGCUGCUCCAGCAACAACUCCAGCAGCAGCAGCAGCAGACACAAGUGGCUGUGGCACAAGUCCACCUGCUGAAGGACCAGCUGAAUGCGGAGGCCACGGCUCGGCUGGAGGCCCAGGCUCGAGUCCAUCAGCUGCUGCUGCAGAACAAAGACCUGCUGCAGCACAUCUCUCUGCUGGUUAAACAGAUCCAGGAGCUGGAGACCAAAAUGUCUGGACCCAACACAAUGGGAUCCCAGGACAGUUUACUGGAGAUCACCUUCCGUUCUACUGUUCCUCCAGUGAUUUGUGACCCCACCACCCCCAAACCUGACGUGUCCGCUCUCAGCCUGCUGGCUCUGGGCUCCAACGACGGGACCAGCAGCGCGUUCUCAUCUUCCAACGGGACUCUGGGAAGCCCCCUAGGUAGGGACCAGUGUCUACUGAAACUCGAGUGUUUCCGUUUCCUCCCAGGACCCCCGGGGCCUCCUCCCCCUCGGCUGCCCUCGCUUCCUCCGCCACUCAAGGCCAACAGGCUUGCGAUCAAAAGUUCCGAGUUCUCUGAGGACACAACAGAGUUGUCGCCUUGUGACGUCAAAUCACUGGGUUGCUUGGACUUUGCGAGGUUCCGUGAAUCAGGUAUCGCGUCGGAGUACGAGUCAAACACGGAUGACAGCGAUGACAGAGAGGAUGAGGACGAUGAGGAGGAGGAGGAGGAGGAGAUGGAGAUUUUUGGUUGGGGGACGGACGAGGAGACGCUGAGACUUCUGAAUGUCCUCAACAGCAGGGGAACCCCUGACUGUCUGGGGGAUGAGAUAGCUGUUUAGCUCCUACUGACAUCAAACACACUCACUCACUUCGGGUCAACCCACAGGAACAAAAUGUAGCAGAUGCUUCACAUCAAACAUCAGGUUCAGUCUGAACCUCAAGCACAUUUCAUUCAAUGAUCUGGAUGUGUAGUUAAACGCUGCAAAAAUUCACACAGUUGAUAUGAGCAGUCUGUCGUCAGACAGAACCUGAGCAACGACGUCCCAUUCACUGGCACAUGAAACAUGAUCAUCAGGCAGAGCCCGACACUUUGAUUUCCAUCUUACCUUUGUUUCCUUUCUUAUUCAUACCACACACACACACACACACACACACAUACACACACACACGGUGCGCUCUAUGACACAAUCAGGGACCAGCAGCUCCAACAUGUCAGACCAAAUGCUAGCAGAGCUGCUCUGAUGGAGAGACUCUUGUUCUUGCUGAGGUCAAAGGUGAAUUUCUAAUGAGCAAAACUGAAGACUUGGUUCUAAUUCACGGAGGAACUCUUCAUGGUCACUCAGACUAUUUUUAGAUAAAACUCUGAGUCUGUACUAACUCUAUUCUCUACGUCCUGAGCUGCUCCUGCAUGUUUGCACUCUUUUCACAUGUCCACACAUUCUUAAUUUAUGUAAAGCUGGUUUAGUCGGACCUUGAGGAACGUUUCUUUUAUUCAUCCCGUAAACAAACACUCCCCUCGUGCCAGAACAGCAGUGGUCUCAUUUGUUGAAGCCCAGCUCUGUGUAUGGCCUCCAGGCACAAUGCAGUAUUAAAGUGUUCACUUGUUUGACAAGGAAUGCAGCAGCGUUUUCUUUCUGCUCCGUAACUUCAGUCUAUCACCGUUUGGAGUCGACUGCCAAGAUCCAGAGAGCGAUGAGAUCCAGUCGCAUUAACCAGUGUCUAAACUAAUUGUCCGUCAGCCACUGGCUUCCUGAAGGUGUUUGUAUCAACAGAUGAAAAAAGGGCCUCUAUGAAAUAUUAUUUAUUACAGUUGUAAUAAAUAGGUUGGGCCACAAAUCAUGUGCACAAGUGGAACAAAGGUUUGUGUCAUCCAGACAACAGGAACCAAAUAGAUCAGACUUCCUCCCACUGUAACUGUUGGUUGAUCUGAACUGUGACGAACAAACAUUCAGGAGAAAGAUGUCGUCUCUGCUCCAGCGAUGAUAAACAGAGGUUUCAUCUCCUGGCAUCAAUCCAGACCUUUUGUAGAUUCUGUACACGUUGCCACAGUCCGUGCCCUCUGAAGACCCGAGCACCUGCUGUGUCCACACCUUUGGUUGUGUCUUUGCCGUUGGUGUCAGCUCUUAACUCUUCUUCUCUUCCUGCUUUGGGCUAAAUAGUCUGUUUCUCAUCUUUC